GGGCGCUGUUGUGAAGAUGACAUGUCAUCCGAAAGGAAGUAGAAUUCGUCAGGAGAGAAACAUGGCGGCCCGCACACGGCUGCCCUUGCUGUUCCCUAAAAACCUUCCUCCUUUAAGAAAUAAAAAGCUUGUCCACACCGAGGCUGUGGUCAAGGAGCCCGCGUAUCCCCCCAUCGUCCACUCUCUCACGGCUAAGAGCAAAGCAGCCCGGAAGAGACAGGUAGAGGAGCAGGUGAAGAAGAUCUGCGCCUCCACAGCGGAGGAGAAGCUGACCCUCCUGACUAGGAUCCAAAGGAAGAAAUUUGUGGUUUACCCCCAGACUUUUGCAAGGAAUGCAGACAGGUGGUACCAGCACUUUACCAAGACUGCAUAUAUCCCGGGCCUGCCUGAAAAAUUCAACCUCGGUCAGGAGGAGAUAGGCGGUGAGGAGAGCUCGCAGCCGGCCGCAGCUCAGACCGCAGCACUGGGGAUUGGAGAUGAUGUGUUCGCGAACAUCCGCUCCUUGGUCACCAGGGAGAUUUUACAGGAGUUCUGGCACACGAACAAGCGUAAACCUUUUCACUACAGACAUCAAGAGCUGAUGGUUGGACCUUUUCUGAGGAACUUGGCUACUAGACUUACCUACGGUCUGGCCAAAUACAACCCCCUGUUACCCUUUUCCAGCUUGGGUAUGCAGAGCUAAAAUGAUAACCAGAAAACACCCAUUCAUUCACAAAGUUGUUACAGUUUCAAAGUUUCUUUAACUUUGAAUUUUACUGAAGUUUUAUACUUUAUUUUGUGCAAAGUUUAUGUUUAGUCAUUCUCACAGUUAGAAGUAGGUUUGAUUAUUUUUCUUAUUGAUGUCAGUGUUGCUGUGUUUCUCUACCAGACAUCGGUCCCAGUGUACACUUUUACUGGAGAAGAGGAGAGAGAAUCAUCCCAAGAGGACAUAGAAGAGGGCGACUAGAGCCAACCAGGUUCCAGAUUGAUGACAAUCCACUCUGUCAGAUCAGAAUAACUGAACAACUCCCACAGGUAAUAAAUACAAGGACACCACUGUCUGUGUAGCAUUCAAAAUCAGAAAUAACCUGCGCAAGAUUAGCAUAUAUGAAGUAAAUGUGAAAGGUAACUGAAGGACGAGAUAUAAUGUAGAUGUGACUCACUUUAUCUGUAAAGACUGUUCAUUUAAAUUUCAGUAUCUGGUCCACUAAAAUCACUUUCUGUUGUUUCACUUCUCACAGUUUGUCCCAAUGGAGGCCUCUUAUACUGCUGAAGUUCCCGAGAUCACAUUGGCUCCCAACAUGAUGCCCAUGUUCAGAAAACAGUACGACAACAACAUAUUCACAGGUAACACAAGAUAUAAAUAUGUUAAAUAUUUUUGUUGCACACGAGUUUGACGUACAAAUGUGAAUACCUGGUAAUGGUAACAUGAUGCACAUGGGCUUAAUUCUUAUUUUGUUGCUUGUUCUGAUCACUAGGGGGCUCCAACAUGCAUCUGUUCAGUCCAUCAGUUUUGUUCAUAAACAGUAGAGAACAAGACAAGUGAACUGAAGAGCCCCCACAGUGAAAGAUAAAAGAUCUAUUGUCAAGGAUGGCCUGAAAUCUAGUUCCCAUCAUCCUUAUGGACCUGCAUUCCCAUGUUUUCAGUAGUUCUCCAUUAAGAUAGACCCUGUCCUCAAUUUUAUUAACAGGAUCUAAGCUACCAGACCCGGCAUGCUACGGUCACACUCAGUUCCACCUGGUGCCAGAUCGAUACCACAGAGACUGGAUGGCUCGACGGAAUCAGUCUGAUCAGGUGGAGGUCUUCCUCAGAGCCAACGCACUUGCCAGUCUCUUUGCCUGGACAGGAGCUCAGGCCAUGUACCAGGGUAAGACAUCAGAUACUUCAGUGCCCACAGCAGAGACCAUGAUAUAGUUUAUACUUUGUUUAUGGUGGAAGAUUUUCCUGGUUUCUAAACAUAUCAUUGUGUUCAUCCUUAUAUCUAAAAAUGUUCAAAUGGGCCAAUACUUGAGUCAUUCUUCCCUCAGGUUUCUGGAACAACGAAGACGUCACCCGGCCCUUCGUAUCCCAGGCUGUGAUUUCAGAUGGAAAGUUCUUCUCUUUCUUCUGCUACCAGCUGAACACCCUGGCCCUCUCUGUGCAAGUCGACGCCAAUAACCCCAGAAAGAACCUCCUGUGGGGCACCGAGAGCCUGAAGCUGUACGACAGCAUCCAGGAUGGAGAGGUGGUCGGUUUGAAUGAUGGUGUCCUAAAGCUGCUGGUACAGUUCCUCUUGAAUCAACCAUAGAGCUCUUCAUGUUUUUUUUCACCAGAAUGACCUUUGGGUAUUUGAACUUCAAGAAACUUUAAAUGAUCCAAAAUCAAACGAUAGACGGAAACAUUAUGUGAAAAUGUACAGUAUCAUAAAAAGCAGAUGAAGGGAUGUUGUGUUGUCUAAAACUGAGCAAAGUACUAAAAUAUACUGUACACAUACAUGUGCUCAAUGUGCAGAUUGUAUUUAUGCAAAAAUAAAACCAAGCUUUUCAAAUAGAC